UUGUGAUCCGAGAUCUCCGCGGCGCGUUGAUUUCGUUGUUUCGCUUCGCUAUUUCGCAUUUUCCACACGAACUGACUUCAGACUGACUGAGAGCUUCAAAGCCAAGCAUUAGUGGCGCAUUCACGGCUAGGCCCUGACAUUGGGCUGCCUAGCAUAAGCGUAAGCGUUAUCACCAGAAAAACAGAAUAUUAUUAGUGGCAUUCGACUUGCCUACUGAUGGUUGCGUGAUGCUAUAUAAUGCUAGGUGACACUUUUUUUAUUUUAAGUAACAAUCUGUGAACAAACUGUGAUAAAAAAAUGGCUGAAUCGGGUAUCGAUAUAGGAUAUGAUCUCUCUGCUCUUCUUUCUGACGACUUUGAUAUUGAAAGUGCUAUCGACUUUGACGACCUCUUGGGAACCCCGAAAAACCAGGAGUUUUACGAACUUACCUCAAAAACUAUGCCAGUAGUGGAAAGCACACCAAAUUUGAAAACUAUAAAUCCAGCAUCGAGGACGCAACUAAAGCUUCAACUAAUGCGGGAUCACGCCCUCCUGGAGCAACAACGACAAAAACAAGAGAAUACACAAAAACCUCCUCCUCACCCUCAACACCCGAUUCACUCCAACCACCACCACAACCAUCACAACCACGCUAACCACAACUCGAGUCCUAUUAGUCCUAUUAAUAAUCACAUUCAGAACAUAAAUAUUCCUAAUAAUCAGCCAUUAAAAGUGCCAUUAAAUAGUAUAGCAGAAGUUCCUCCACAAGUUUUACAAGUCCAAACGAAGCUAGCGAAUCCUACGAAGUAUCAUGUGAUGCAAAAGCAGAAGAACCAAGUGAAACAGUAUUUGAGUGAGUCGUUUCAAACGUCGAGUGUUGUGCCCCCAAAUCAUAGAUUAACUCAGACUCACAGUGCUCCGACUUGUGGUACUGGUACGAAUGGAUACAGCAAUUCAACGAACUUUACCAAUUCACGGGGAUUCUACCCACAGGGAAAAGUCUCACCGAAUUACGAUGUUCCUGCGCUUUCACCAGCUCUAAGUUCUGGAGCUACCAGUUGUACAUCUGAGGCUGAGGAUCUAAUAGAUGAUUUGUUAUCGCUGGAGUCAAGCUCGCUUGCGUCUGAUGGUUUCAAAACAGAUAACUUUACAGGAAGUGAUCUCAAUGUCAAAAAUGAACCAUAUCCUCUAAGUGAUGCUGAACUGCAUGCUCUUGCCAAAGAUCGCCAGAAGAAGGAUAAUCAUAAUAGGAUUGAACGUAGGAGAAGGUUUAAUAUUAACGAUAGAAUUCAAGAAUUAGGAUUGUUGCUGCCCAAAAAUACCGACCAAUUUUACGAAAUUGUUAGAGAUGUCCGCCCAAACAAAGGCACAAUUUUAAAAUCUUCCGUGGAAUAUAUCAAAUGUUUAAAAAACGAAAACCUAAGGCUGAAUGAAAGAUUGAACCAUGUAUUGCAACUAGAAGAUCAACUUAAAAAAGUGGAAUCUACGAAGAGGAAACUACAGCUGCGAGUGCAGGAAUUAGAGAACCAAGUGAAAGCUCAAAGUUUGCCAGCAGCUGAUUUUAACUGGCAGAAUAUUUCUGUUGCCAACCCGUCUCCCUUCAGUUCAUAUAACCAACAGAAUACACCUUCUGUGUCAUUAUUACCGACGAUGGUAUUAACGGAUCCUUGUCGAAAAAUACCGGAUGUACUAUCGGACACACUGUCCGAAGCCUCACUCAACUUAACCACGAUGGAAGAGGGAAUCGACGAUGACGAAUUAGUAUACGGGGUAAAUGGAGAUCCAAUGCUUUCAUCACCACACGCCCUCCAGACUGACGCUCUGUUGGUCUCCCCGGGUCCUGCAUCCAGGGAUCCAAUGGUCGGCGGUCAACGUCUGCCCACUCCCACGCCCACCAGUCACAUAGAAGAAGACGUGGAUACGUUAGAUAUGGAAAUGAUCGCCUGUGAACAAAGUUAAUAUGGUUGAAAAUACUCUGCCGGACAAAAAAGCUCAGACACAACUUUAAACCUAAAAUGUUUAUUCCUGCACUCUGUUUUUGACUUCAGUAUCUUUUUUCUAUUUCCGCAUAUUCUAAAGUUUUGCUUUUAACGAGCUCGGCUCGGUUUGUUUCUUGCGAGCCGAGCUUCGAGCCGAAUCAAAUUUUUUUCGAAUCGAGCCGAGCUGAAUUCGAAACGAGCUGAGCUUUCCUAACGAGCUUGUCAAUAUUUUAGCUAAUAAUCUAGCCAGUAUUUCUGCUACGACUGAUACUUGUGUUUGAGAAUAAGUAAUUCAGACUACAAAUAUGUAUUUUCAAUAUGCAGUGUGUCCGUAAAUUACUACGAAUAUUACAUUUUAAAUGCAUUAUUAUGGUUUCGAGCUCGACUCGGCUGGGCUCGAACUAUUCGAACCGAGCCGACACGAGUCACGAGCUCAAACCACUCAAACUACAGCUCGAAGUUCAAGCUGUUCAAAAGCUCGGCUCGGCUCGAGAACAUCCCUAGCUGGCUUCCAAUCCCGAAAUAAAAGAAAUAAUUCAAUACAGACGCUAUAGCGACAAAUACUUAAAACAGUUUGAAGCUUUACAUAGAUCCGAAGAACUAAAGACUUCUACUGGGACCAAGUUCUGGUAAAACAACUUGAACUCGUGCGUUCUAAAAGUUGCAAAUAGUAUUGCCCACAAUCGGUCUUGGUCUUGCAGUCUUGGUCUUGUUCUUGCGUUUUUGCAAGACCAAGACCAAGACCGCCUAAUUUCAGCAAGACCAAGACCAAGACUUGCCGUGCAAGAUUUGAGCAAGAACAAGACUAAGCCUGCAAGACUCUUGCGUCUUGCAGUUAGAACUGAGGAUCGUUUUAGAGAGUAUAUUAGUUCGGGUAUAUUCUUAGAUACUCUAUGAGAGGCAAAAAAAUGUUUAACAAAAAUUUGGAAAAUUUGACUUAUGCGCAUUACGAACAUACAUAGCGAAUCAAAAUAUCUAUAACACUUGACACAUUUGACACGUACUCAGAGAUCAUUAUUACAAUGCAAAAAUAAAAUAUUUUUACAUACUCUCCCAGCAGACGACAUCUUCGCUCUGAAAUUAAUUGUCCAGGUUUUGAGAAUAGCCGGCCUUUAUUCAUAAAUUAAUAUUCUUGCGUUGCGACCUUGCGAUGCCGACAAUAAUGUUAAAAAUAUGUAGCUGAUAACAAAUAUACCUAUUACAUCUUAUCGGUAUAAAGAAUAGUAAGACUAUUAUUUAUAAUUAUGACCUCAUUCAGUUAGACAAAAUUUGGUAAAAUAAUGCCGGCUAUACAUACCGUGUAAACAAAAUAACGAAAUAUUUAAUAACGAUAUACUGUCUACCGAGGCAUUGAACAAAGAAAUAUUACAGUGAAAUGUAUACAAGACAAAAGCACAUUUAUAGCAGUUUUUUCUGUAGUUAAAUUAAAUUGGUCAUUUGUUAUAUCAAUCGACUACUCUUUUGUUACUCUUUAUGUUUGGUGAUAUACACUAUUCCAAGAAAUUAACGCACCACCUUAAAAAUGGGUCAUUUUUGAUGUCUUGAAUUUCCUAAACCUGUUGUCCGGGUGUACCAAUCAAACUGUGUUUUUUUUUUCUAAAAGUUCGUAUCACCCUAUGGAAUAUUCUAGCUUAUAAAAUAUUAAAAUUAAAACCCAACUAUAGCCUCAUAUUUUCUUAACAUUUUGUUUUUUGAUUCAUUCGCUUAUAUGUUGGAGAAUAAAAAGUUAAGUACUUUUUUAGCUAGCCAUGUUUUUCAUCAAUACAGGGUGUUUUUAAAAAAUAAGUAUGGCAAACUUUAAGGGGUAAUUACUCUGCACGAAAAAGUAAUGACAGUUUGCUUUUAAACGUAUGUUCGCAAAUGCUUCGUUUCCGAAAUAGGGGAUGUUAAAAUUGUUCUUACAAACUGACGAUUUAUUUAUUGCUCUAAAACUGGUUGAGAUAUGCGAAUGAAAUUUGGUAGGUUUUAAGAGGUAGUUAUUACGCAUUUUUGACAUACAAUUAAGAUUUUAAUAUUCACCAUGGCGCGCAUAUCUACGUGUAACCGGUUUGUUUAGAAUUACCCCUUAAGAUUUGCCAUACUUAUUUCAAAACAGCAUGUAUUGAUGAGAAACAUGGCUAGUUAUUAAAAUACCUAACUUUGUUGUUAUCCAAGCGAAUGAAUAAAAAAACAGAAUGUUAAGAAAAUAUCAGACUGUAGUAGGGUUUUAAUUUCAGGCUUUAUAGCCAGACUAGGCUAUAGCCAGGCUUUAUAGCCAGACUAGGCUUUAUAGCUAGACUUUAUAAAGGCUAGAAUAUUCCACAGGAUGAUGCGAACUUUGAUAAAAAAACACAGUUUGAUUAGUACACUCAUUGGUACCGGUACGGUAUCCGGUACCUACAGGUACAACGACAAUUUACCUUCUAGCAACAAUAUUAUUACAGCAAUAUUGUUAACGAAUAAAUAAUUCAAGCUGCAAAUUAUUUACCUACUCUGUUACGUUGUUCUAAGAUAUGUAAUAGGCUAAUUGGCAACUGCGAGACUUGCAAGACUCUUGCUGCAAGACCAAGACCAAGACCUGGAGCGCAAUACCAAGACCAAGUGUACUGUUGCAAGACCAAGACCAAGACUGUCGAAGUCUCGUCGUGGUCUUGCAUUUGGGCAACACUAAUUGCAAAGCAAACGAACGAUGAAUUAGAAGACUAAGGAAAAUCUAAAAUUGCAUUUCACUACCCGUCUAUUCAUCUAGGUAAAAAUUGCGACGAAGCUUAAGGUUUGGACAAUUCGAUGUAAAUAUCAGGAUCGACUUGUUUUGUAAUGCCCCUUUGUCCGCUUCUUCUCGAUCGACGAUGGUAAAUAAAUGUUUGAGUGUGGAGUAAAAUAUGGUUUUAUUGACAGCUACUGAGUAUUACACUAUAGAUGUUGUUCAGGUAAAUUUCUACGAUAGACAGUGCCGGAUUUAAGGGGGGGGGCAGGAUGGGCAGCUGCCCGGGACCCACACAUUUCGGGGGCCCCCACAAAGCCUCCAACGUAAGAGGUUCAUUUAAAGGGAUAUUGGCAGGAGAUACAGGAACUCGACAUCGACAAUGUAUGUCGAGUAUUAAAUGAAGGAGCGUAGGAGUGAUAAUAUAAUACAUUAUUCAUUUUCACCUUCCACCGGGUGAAUGUAUUGCUUCUUUUGUAAAUUCUUAUCUAGUGUUCGUACACAUUUUAGCCACAGAGGAUUUUGUGAUUGGAAACAUGCAGAUAGUAGGCUUAUGGAUCACGAAAUGUCUAAAGCACACGAAAGAAUUGGGCGUAUUGAUACUGAAAUAGCAAAACAGGCCGAAGCAAUAAAGAAUUAAAAAAACCAUACAGAAGUAAAAACUUCCUUUGUAUAAUGGUAUAAAAAAGUUUUAUUAAAAAACAUUAAAAGUCCUCCAAAAGGAUUUGCAAAACGUUUUCAAUCUGGAUCAGAUCAUCCUCAGUGCCUAGAACGAAGUAUUACAAUAAAGAAUUAUUGGAAAAUAAUCAAAAGACUAAUUUUAGUGUUACAAAGUUUAUUUGUGAACGAGAUUUAGUAUUUCGCAGCGAAAAUGAGUUGUCAAGUUCAACAUAAAAUGAAAAUUAUUUGGAAAUACUCCAGCCAUUAGCUGAAUAUGAUCAAUUUUUGAAGCACCAUAUUAAUAAAUAUUCAAAUCCUGGAAGCGGACAUGUCAACUAUCUUUCAUUAACCAUAUGUGAGGAAAUUGUAGGUACAUCCAAUGGGUCAAAACGUAUUCAAUGAAAUAGUUUUAAGGAUUAAGAAGUCAACAUUUUAUUCAAUUCAUACCAAUCAAUGAACUGUGAUAUUUCGUGACAUAAAAAGUUUCACUCCUGUUGAGAGGUUUACCAUAUUUUUGUCAAAUCGCGGUCAUAAAGCAGAAGAUAUAUUUAAUUCUCUAAUGACAUUUUGAAAGAACAUGAUAUCGAUUUGAAAAACUGCAGGAGAUCGUUCUACGUUAAUGCGUCAGUUAUCAGUGGAAAAUGCAAUAGUGUUCAGGCUGAAAUUAUAGAACAAAAAGGUACGUAUCCAUACGUGGGUGCUCCGUGCUCGUUGUAGCUGCUCAAAUGGAUACGGCAUGCGCUCCCCUACAUAUAAACCGCAAACCGGUUGAAUCAAAGAGGGUGAGUGCCGUAUUGCGAGCACCAACCUGUCCACUAUGUGGAGCUGCUACACCGAGUACGGAGCACCCACGUAUGGAUGCGUACCUUAAUACCUUGGAGUUGUGGAUUCCUUGUGUCGCCCACUCUCUAAAUUUAGUUUCAAAAGCUGCAACUGAGUUUUAUUAUUUAUCAUGUAUUAGCAUAGCACAGCAUUCUUUAAUUUCUUAGAAGAACUAACUCUAUGUAUUUUUCACUUCCUCUACAUAUACAAUACAAUUUUUUAACAGAAUGUUUAAAAGCUGCGUGUUUAAGCGACAGCAACGCAGACCGUGGCAAAAAUAUUAUUGUUCCUAAAAGAGCAAAUACUACUUGAUGGUCAUGGAGGUGAUGCCGCAAAAGAACUAGUUAAAGGUUAUAAUCCGAUUAAAAGAGCAUUAUCCAAAAUUUCGGAAGACUAUGAGCAAUAAUUUAAAAUUCGUAGCAUUGCAAAUGGUUUGUACCUAUAAUAGAAUGUGUUUACUGGAAACAGAGAGGACAUUAGGGAAGACAAACAGCACAAGUCGUAUUCUUCAAGAUCCAAAUAUUGACCUUAAUUCAGGAGUGGCAGUACUUAGAUCACUUAAAUAAAUUAUACAGUCAAGACGUGACAAUUUCGAAAGAUAUGAGAACAUCAGAGAAGUUUAGAACUCAAAAUUUCAUCGCUAUAAUAGAUCACUUCAUUACCUCUUUAACUCAGAGACUGUCUACAUAUGAAUCCAUUCAUUCCAAUUUUGGAUUUUACAUAAUUUUGGAAAAUUGGAAAAUUGAACUCUCAAUGAAAUUGAAGAUCACUCACUCAAUCUUGCCAACAUUUAUAGCAAUCAUUUAGAUGAAAACUUAUGUGUCCAUCUGGUACAGUUUGUAAGAUUUUUCAAUGCAUUUAAAGAAGAAAUCAGCUCAUCAAAUAUAAGCAAAGAACUUCAAAUGUACGAACUGCUAAAAGAAAAGAAUAUGAAUGAUGCUAUUCCAAAUGUUGAGGUGACACUUCCUGUUUAUAUUUAGUUCUGAUGCUAACUAACUGUAGUGGAUAGUCUCACAAUUUAAGUUAAUUAAAAAUCGACUUUGGUCUAUGAUGGGCCAAGAGUGUUUGAAUCAUCUCUCUAUAAUGAGCAUUGGCCACGAUGUCUUAAUGCAACUAGAUAUGUCCCACAUAAUCAAGAAUUACAUCUUAUUAUUAUUUUUAAUAUUUUACUGUAACAAGCUAUAGCUCUUGUACUUUUAAUUAUUUAAAAAUAUAUUUAUAAAAGUAGAUCAACAUUUUUUUAAUGGUAGGAGGUAGGGCCCCACACCAAUUCUGCCCAGGGCCCCCCACUGCCUUAAAUCCGGCUCUGAUGAUAGACUGCGACUGACAGUCCCUUUGGCUAAUUUAUAAUCUUGUCAAAAUAUACAAUUCAUCAAUAAGUUGCAUGACAAGAGCAACGAACUUUGUAAUCUUUCGAAAGCUUACAACUACAGUUUUUUGAGGAAACUAUUGCAACAUGUACUAGGAAGUACAAUUGGAAAUACCACGAUUUGGCAGUUAAGUUAGGUUGCAAAAGGUGCACUGGACUCUAAUAAUUAAAAUAUUACUCGAUAUAUUUUCCCAAUGUUUCAAUUAUACACGGUGAAACUAUAAAAGUUGAAGAAGUUAAGAAUAAUGUGAGAUUACAAAUUAAGGGAUUAAUUUGAGAAUGAACAGCUUUUUUUACUUAGAUGAGUACACAGGUAGUGAAAUGUAAUUUUAGAGUUCCCCUAGUCCUCUUCUAAAUCAUCGUUCGUUUGCUUUCCAAGUUUUAGAAAGUACGAAUUCAGGUCGUUUUACCAGAACUUGGUCCCAGUAGUAGUUCUUCAGAUCUUAAGCUUCGAACUGUUUUUGAUUUUAAUAUUUUUUUUAAUACGACCUUUAAUUUGAGUCGAUCAGUAAAGAAAUAAGUGUCGGUGUUUUUGUCGGGCAGUGUAUUUACUGCGAUGUGUAUUGUAACUGUUGUUCGAUUUUUAUUUACGCCUGCAUGUUCCAGGCCCACGAUAUUAAAUCAUCAACGUAUCUACAGGGUUACGUACAAAGUUUUCGGUCUAUGAGUAAAAGUAUUAGUUUUAAUUUAAAAAAUAUUUAUGCUUUUAAUGUAAACGCCCCUUUUACGGCAAAAAUUAUCGAUAUAUCACAAUUAUCUUUCUUCAUUUAACACAAAGCGUUUACCAAUAUUAAUUUCUGAUGAUUUGUUAAUUUCCUAUCAGCAUCCCUUUAAAAUAUUAGUUUUCUUUCCAUUUUCUAUUUGCCAAAAUCCAGUUGUUUCCCCCUAAUAUAUUCUCUAGGUAAGCUAUGCUUUUUGUCAUAUAAAGCUGGGACCCCAUGGCACGUGGCAUGGCACGCCAAGAGAACCCUCUAUUUUUUGCCCGCUCGGAUCGGCGCGAGGUCCAUCGUUUAUCAGCAAAUGAACAUGGUUAAAAGAAAGUCAGAAGCUGAUAAAGGGUGAUAUCCCAUCAACCCUUCCGACUCGGCUAGGGGCUGGUACAGUCGGUGUCGUGGCGUCGUGGUAAUUUUACUAUGGAGUGGUCUAACGACGUUAUGUUGGAAUUUUUAUCAUGUGUACAACGAGCAUUUCGUUUACACUACCAUUUGCCGCCCCGUUCACAAGACCAAGUUACAAGACUUGAGUUAGGAACUUUGAAAGUACUGGUUCAACAUCACAAAAAAGAGGUGGCAGUAUCAGAACUGCUCGCACAUCACAGAAUAUUAAAACAGUGCCAAAUUCAUUACACGCGAGUGCUCGAAGAUCCCUGCGAUGACUCGCAUGUAAUGAAUUUGGCACAGCUUCAAUAUUCUGUGGUGUGCGAGCAGUUCUGACACUGCCACCUCUUUUCUGUGAUAUUGAACCACUACGUUCAAAGUUCCUAACCCAAGUCUUAAUAGCCAUGUUAGAAGAAACUGCAGCGCGGAAAUGCGUGUAAACGAAAUGCUGGUUGUACACGCACAAAACUUUCACCAUUUUUGUAACAAGCUUUCACAGCAAAUGCGCGUUGUUCACAAAACCACGCUUCCAUGAUAACUAAACUUUCCCACUCUCCAGAUUCACAACGUUUACGUCGCAAGCCCGCGGCUCCUCCAUUUUAUCACCAGCAGCGUUGUCAAAUCUUACCGUUUCACUGAAUCGCCUUGUAUUUCACAGUAACGUGAGGCACCAAUUGUUAAUUUUUUUCAUUAUUAUCUAUUUUCUAUUUCUCUUUGCCGACGUGAACUGGCGAAGAGUGCUAAGCUACAUUCCAUGGACUCCCGUCUUUAUACAGGGUGUCCAGAAACUCUACCGACAAACGAAGACAGGAGAUUCCUCAGAUAAUUUUAAAACCAUUAAACCAAAUUCACCUAGUCCGAAAAUGCUUCCUAAGAGAGCUAGAGCUCUUUGAAGAUGGCGUCUUUUAACUAGUUUUUCUUAAAUACCUCCAGAACGCUUCUAGUUAAAAAAACAAAAAUUGGUACACAGAUUUAUCUUCAAGAGAUAAAUCGAUUCCAUCUAUUGUCAAUUUCUAGUAUCAGUCAUAGGCGUCCGUUGUUGGUGGGGCAACGGUUAUUUUAUCGCAUAACUUUUCUGUCUCUAACUUUUAAGCAUUUUUGAUAAUGGAUUAUUAAAUUGUGAGGUAUUCUAGUAAUAAAAGGUACUCUAGCUUUAAGUCGGUAGGACACACCGUUUUCUAGAAAAAUCGAUUUGAAAAUUUUUCGUUUCCUGAAUUUGAAAAAAAAAAUUGAAAAUAAUUUUCAAAAAAACGUGUAUUUUACCAUUUAAAGCAAGAGUAACUUUUAGUGGUAGAAUACCUUAUAAUUUAAUAAUCUAGUGUCAAAAAUCCUUAAAAAUUAAAGACAAAAAAGUUCUGCGAUAAAAUAACCGUUGACCUACCCAAAACGGACGCAUAUGGCCGGUACUAGAAAUUCGCAGUUAAUGAAAUCGAUUCAUCUUUGAAAUAUAAAUAAACGUUUGAAAUUAUUUUUGAUAUUCAAAAAACGAAAAAAUUUCAAAUCGAUUUUUCUAGAAAACGGUGUAUCCUAUCGACUUAAAGUAAGAGUACCUAUUAGUACUAUAAUACCUUACGUUUUAAUAAUCCAGACUCAAAAAUGAUUAAAAAUUAAAAACAAAAAAGUUAUGCAAUAAUAUAAUUGUUGCCCUACCCAAACGGACGCCUAUGACCGGUACUAGAAAUUUGCAAUGGAUGGAAUCGAUUUAUCUUUGGAAGAUAAAUAAGUGUACCAAUUUUCCUUUUUCCAAAUAGAAGCGUUCUAGAGGUAUUCAAAAAGAAGGAAAAACUAAUUACCAGACGCCAUCUUCAAAUAGCUCUAGCUCCCUUAGGAAGCAUUUUCGGACUAGGUCAGGUUUCGUCUUGAGUCGGAAGAGUCAAAAAUUACAAUUUACAAAAGUUCAAAGUUUUUAAAGAGCCACAAAUUUUUUUUGUCAACAAUAAAUAGUACUCGCAUAAAUAAAGUUCUUUGAUGAAAAAAACAAAUACGUAUAUAAGGUUUUUCACAUAUACAGUGUGUUCCAACGUAAAUUUGCUCCCCCCCCCCCCC